GAUCACAUGACCGUGGAUAUGGACGCAGUCCUGUCCGACUUUGUCCGUUCCACUGGAGCUGAACCAGGAUUGGCCAGAGAUCUGCUGGAGGGCAAGAACUGGGAUUUCACUGCCGCACUGAGUGACUUUGAGCAGCUUCGACAGGUGCAUGCUGGGAACCUGACGUAUUCGUUCACAGAGGAGAGGACGUAUAUGCCUCCCGAAAAGGAGAUGGCCAGGGUAGGACGGCCUAUACUCCACCGACAAGAUGAGGUGGUGCAAGCCACAGAGAAGCGCCUGUCCAGGGGUAUUUCCCAUGCCAGUUCAACCAUUGUGUCCUUGGCCCGCUCUCACGUCUCAAGCACUGGUGGUAGCAGUAGUGAGCCACUUCUGGAAACGCCACUGUGCACUUUCCAACUACCAGACCUCACCGUGUACCAGGAUGACUUCCGUGGCUUCAUCGAGAGGGAUCUUAUUGAGCAGUCAAUGAUGGUGGCCUUGGAGCAUGCUGGACGUCUGAAUUGGUGGACAAAAGUAGUUCCAAACUGUCAGAGUCUGCUGCCUCUUGCAACAAGCGGAGAUGGAAAUUGCCUGUUACACGCAGCCUCGCUUGGUAUGUGGGGCUUUCAUGACCGGGACUUGAUGCUGCGUAAGUCCCUGUACGCGCUGACGGAUCACGGGCUGGAGAGAGAGGCACUGAAACGCAGGUGGAGGUGGCAGCAGACCCAGCAGAACAAAGAGUCUGGUCUGCUGUACACGGAGGAGGAGUGGCAGAAAGAGUGGAAUGAACUGCUGAAGCUAGCCUCCAGUGAGCCGAGAAUACACUACAGCACCAACGGCACCAACGGGGCGGAGUCCUCAGAUGAACCAGUUUAUGAGAGUUUAGAGGAGUUUCACGUCUUUGUCCUGGCUCACGUUCUCAGGAGGCCCAUAGUGGUGGUGGCUGACACCAUGCUGAGGGAUUCUGGAGGAGAGGCCUUUGCUCCCAUCCCAUUCGGAGGCAUAUACCUACCGCUGGAAGUGCCCGCUGCCAAGUGCCAUCGCUCACCCCUGGUCCUGGCGUAUGACCAGGCGCACUUUUCUGCCCUGGUUUCUAUGGAGCAGAAGGACAGCUCCAAAGAGCAAGCAGUUGUGAUCCCUCUCACUGACUCGGAGCACAAAAUGCUGCCUCUGCACUUUGCUGUGGAUCCUGGGAAAGACUGGGAGUGGGGCAAGGAUGACACAGACAACGUGAUGCUGGCAAGUGUGACUCUUUCUUUGGAGGCCAAGCUCCAGAUGUUGCACAGCUACAUGACGGUCACUUGGCUGCCCCUCCCCUGUGAGCAAGCUCCUCUGGCACAGCCUGAGUCUCCCACAGCGUCAGCAGGAGAGGAUGCCCGAACGCCUCCUGACUCGGGAGAGUCAGACAAGGAGUCGGUCAGCAGCAGCUCCAAUGGCAACGGCGACACGACCACAGGAUCAACAGUCAAUGGAAGCGGGUCCGUGGCCAAGAACAGCUCCUCUUCCUCAUCUAGUUCCACUAGCAGCGGUUCGGCAGGGGCAGGGGCAGGAACAGCAGGGAAGGACAAAACCAAGAAGGAGAAGGACAAGGAUAAAGACAAGAAGAGGGCAGACUCUGUGGCCAAUAAGCUCGGCAGUUUUGGCAAGAGCCUGGGAAGCAAGCUGAAGAAAAACGUGGGUGGACUGAUGACAGGAAAGAACGCCGGAGCUGGAGGUGCCAAGCAGGAGGGUGGGGAGAAGAAAAAGGGCUCAUUUAGGGGGAGGAAGGGCAGCAAGGAUAGCUCGCCUUCGGCCCACGCUUCAGAGGAUUCUGGGAAAGGCUCUCCCUCCUCAGGUAGCGAGCGUCUCAACGGAACAGGUAGCAGUAUGAGCAGCUGUGGUGGGAGCAGCACUGAGAGCGAGACCUACAAGUACAGUGCAGAUGUCAAGGUUAGCCUGGGCAUCCUGCGAGCCACCAUGCAAGGUGAGAGGAAAUUCAUCUUUGCCAGCCUUCUCACUACCAGCAACCGGCAGCCCUUCCAGGAGGAGAUGAUCCAGCGCUACUUGGCAGAUGCAGAGGAGCGCUUUCGGGCAGAGCAGGAACAACAGCGUCGUGAUGCAGAAAGGAAGGGCGUCACUAAUGGCAUCCACCCACCUAAGAAGGAGGUGGUUGGUGGUACGGAGCUGAGUUACCGGCCUUAUGAGGCCAAAGAGGAGCUGUCAGAGAACUCGUCACCUUCCUUCAACCAACUGAAGUCCUCUCCUUUGAGCACCUCUAUGUACUCUGGGGUAGUGCCCAUCCCCCGGCCCUCCUUCAUAGAUCAGCCUCCUGCUGCAGCACCCCUCACCCAGCACCUUCAUAUGCACGGCUACAUGGAUAAUCGGCGCCAGCUAGCUGGUGGCUCACCAGUAAGCUCCUACCCUGGCCUGCCCUCGUACGCCACCCUUCCCCGACACUGCCCCGCAACGCAGGCUCCCUCCCACGCCCAGUACAAUAACUCGCAAGGCCCCUCCUCCCUGAGUCCCUCUCGCCUUGCGCCCUCAUACCCCGCGGAGUUUGACCCACCAGACUAUCCUGGGUCUGAACCCACUGUUGGGAGCUACACCAAUGGCUUCCGGGACAUGCGUUCCAGCCUAGACUCUCGGAGCGGGCAACCACCAGUCAGACACUACUCGCUGGGGAGUGCCGGUGGUUUGGCCAGCCUGCAGUCCAGCCGCUGUCGGACACCCAACUGCACCUACUACGGACACCCCGAGACGGGCAACUACUGCUCCUACUGCUACCGGGAAGAGCUGAAGAAGAGGGAGACAGAACCAGCCAUCCACAGGUUCUGAGUGGACCUUGCUAUGGCUUGAGUUUGAUGAGUGGCCUUUUCCGUUUAAAAAAAAAAAUUUUAAAAAAAAAUGGCUGGGGUGGAUCAGCCUCUGAAUGGACAAGAGAAAGGCAACCAGCUCGCUCCCUUUUUUCAGCUGUGUCACUUCCUGUUGAACCACAUCAGAAAGUGACAGAGAGUCGACACAACUACAGAAUAAACAGGGUGGUUUCUGACUGCUGGGGUCAUGUAUUAGACCAUAGGAACUAACUGCACUUCUGUUACAUUUUGCUGUGGCUCUUAUGCAGGCGUUGUGUAUGAGUGUGUGUGUGUGUGUGUGUGUGUGUGUGUGUGUGUGCGCGCGCGCGUGUGCGUGUGUGAGAGUUGCAGGCUCUCCUCCUUUAUCAGAAUUUAACGUCUUGCUAUUGUCCCCUCCUGGUGGAGAGAAUGUAUGUGGCAGGCGCCGUACAAAACACUCAUCGAAAAGCAUCCAGUACAUGCGCUAAUAGACACCAAGUCAGACUCACACUUCCACAUACACAGUGAAGCAAGCACAAACAAAAGGCACGAGUGUGUCCACUCCAUUUGUGGUUUGUGAUAAUGUUUGGAUGGGUGAAUUAAGGGAUGUUCAAGCAUUUUGAAGUCACAUCCUGUUAGGGUGAUUUCGGUGUCAUACAGAUUUUACAUUACUGUAACUAGAUGCUUGCGUCACAUGUACCUCGGGAAACAGCAGAAAUAAUCCUUGUCGAAUGGCUUUUUCGUCGGUCACCAUUUGCAUAACGCAAAUCGAAACUAUCGUGCAAUGCUAAUGAUUAACCGUUCUGUGGGCUGCUGUGGUGCUAAUGUUCCAGAAUGCAAACACAUAAAUGUCCAUGCAUUUAACACAACUGCUCUACACUGUUAGAAGUAUCUUUCUGGCAAAAAAAAAAAAAAAAAAAAAAAAAUCUACAUUUUUGUCAUUCAUAUAUCUAUAAAUUGGAUUUUGAAGAUGUCAAUCCUUUGAAAAUUAAGAGCAAUUGGACACGUUAUCAAGCAGGCGUUGUAGAACAAAGACGACAUAGCAACAUAGGACUAUGGUAAGAUACUGUCCCCAGAGCCUGAUCCAGAGUAUUUCAUAUAUUUGUUGGAAUGUUUCUCUUUCUUAGUUGGGUCUUCCUAUUUUCUGUAACAAUGGAUGGUGGUGAGGCAUUUGAUUUAUUGUGGCCAACCAAGACAUGCAAUACUACACACUACAAAGUCAAAAUGUCACAUCCACCACAGCAGUUUCUGGAGACGCCUGUCGCAUGCGUAACUCACAGUUUCGACGGUGUUGUUAAAACACUACACAGCACAUUUUUGGAUUUCAGACUGGUAACAAAUUAGUGGUUCUGGAGAGCAAAUUCACCGAUUUGUUAUUAAACAAGAAACAAAAAGUUGCCGUAAAGCGGUGAGGAUGUCUGCCGUUGUGAAGGUUGUCUCCAAUUACUGUAUGCAUGAUGCAAAGUGUCGCAUCCACUUUUGUUGGGUGUCGACAAUCAAAAAUUAACAUUCACAUUGCACUGACAAAUUCUCAUAACAAGUUGUGGUUUUGAAAGUCACUGUUUUUCACUGACAAACCCUCAGCGCACUGAUGGUUUAGAAAUGUGAUUGUGAUCAUAUUAUCUCAUGAUCACAUAAAAAGGUUAACUAAGUCAUGCAUCACAUUAGAUGUCCUAACUGAUAGGACAUCGUAAUGCCUCUUGGUUUGGUCGCCCAAUGCAAGUUUUAAAGUCCUACUGAAGACGGUUCCUUAAUUUCUGGUAUUCGUCCCACCAAAACGUGAUCUCUUUUUGCACAAAUUCAAGCACUUUCCUGAUGUCCAUAGAUACAAAAUGUUUUGCUGUUUCUGAAGUGGCCUGACAGUUGUCCUCUGUUCAUCUCUGCAGACACUGCCGCCUCUGUUAAUGGGAAAGCAGGGGCACAGGCCUGAAGGUUUUCUGUAAACGAUUCACUUACUGUAGAGCUACAGCAUUUGGGUGACGGCUUCACCAUCUAACUCAGUUUCCUAGUUGCCUUUUUCAGCGUUUGUCCUCGUGGCACCACAAUCUUGUGUGUACAUUGUAGAAGAUGAACAUCAAGUGUCCACUGCUUGCUUCAUUGCAUGCAGUUUUUACUACUACUGCCCCCUAAAUAUAACAUAUUAACAUUAUUUUAAUUCGUGCAGAAGCUAUUGAAAUAAUGCCAUUAUUCUUUUCAGUCAGGCAUACAGUAUCAACUAGUUGAUACCAGCUGAUGUUCUGUUUGAGUUUUCCUUGUUAAAAUUUCAAAUUUGAAGGCUCUUUUAGUUGUACAAAUGUCAAAAAGACUACUUAAAUACUUAAAUUUGUUUUUUAGUUCCCUUAUAAUAAGCCAUGGUGAGGAAUUUCUUUUGAGGUAGUGUGACACUCGUUGCUCUACUCUUGUUGAUUUCACCUGUUCUUUGGCAUUAAGUGUAUUAGAGAAGCACAAUUUAGCAUGCAGUUCACUGCCUUGCCCAGCUGAGGGCAGUCUUGAUUUGUUUUUCUUUUAACUCAGUAUUUGGAGCUUGCCCUUGUGCCCUGAACCCAAACUACAAACAAAAAUAACCAAAAUGCCGGGGGAAACAUUUUCAGUAGUGCUCAUUCAACACUGUGACAGUAUAUACAAGUAUUUUCCAACCAGUGCAGAUGCUGUUUGAGGAAGGAGGGAGGCUUUUUGCUGUGCAUUUAAAGUGACACUAAAGUUUUAAUGACAAUAAAACACGUAAAUCAUGCUAUUUCCCAAGAAAACAUUUGCUGUGUUUAUGUGUGUUGACAUGUGUUCAUGCACUAGCAUUUUAAUUCAGACGAGUCCCAUCAGAUGUUCCCUUAUUGUGGGAAGGUGAUGCCUGUUUUUAAAAAUGUGUAUGUGUGGGUACCCCUUUCCCUUCCUCCAAAGUAAUAAUUAGCUUACAAAACCAUUUCUUGUUUUAUUUUAUUACAUUUUUGUUUUGUUUUGUUUUGUU